GAGUUGAAAUAGGGCAGAGCAGCAGCGGAGCGCUGAGAGGAAGGAAACCAGCCUGGAGGAGCUGAAGGAUGGAGAGCUGCUGCUGAGAGUUUGGGACGCGCUACUCCGUCGCUACUGACACACACACACAUACACACACACACACACACAACCCACGUUAAUUAACCUGAACCCCUUUAAACCCUGCGGAGUGUGGAGGACAGGAGUGGAACUAAAAGGAGCGCAGUUUGGUUGCGUCGCUGUGAGAGGAAAUCUGUGGCACAUUUUCCUUCCUUUUUCUGCCCUCUUGCCUCGGAAUACCACAGGUAGACACUCAUGGGCAGCCUGGGUGUUUGGGCUGUGGCUGUGGCCGCACUGCUGGGAACCUCAGGGUGCUGGCUGGCUGAAGGGCACAAGAGCAGCAGGCGAGGCAGCGCUGAUACAGCCACAAUGUCACGCAUCUCCUCCCAGGAACCACACUCCAUGGAGAAGGGGAAAGCAGACGGGAACAUCGAUCAAUCCCUCUCUGACCCGGACGGAGAUCCCUGCCGUAGGACGUACUGCGGACGGGGUCGACAGUGCGUGCUGAUGGCAGAAACCGGCCGCGCCGAGUGCGUUUGCCAGGAAAAAUGCCGGCCCUCCUUUGUGCCUGUGUGUGGCUCGGACGGCAGGUUCUACGAGAACCACUGCGAGGUUUACCGCACCGCCUGCCUGGAGAGGAGACGGAUCUAUGUGGUGCACAGCAAGGACUGCUUCUUCAAAGGCAACGCAUGCACCAUGUCGGAGUACAACAGGCUGAAGAGCAUGCUGCUGGAUAUGCAACCCAAAGUGCUGAGAACCCCAGAGCAGAGCCAGCAGAGAGACAUGGAGGAGAAGAGAGCGUUGGUGGACACCAUGUUCAAAUACCUGGAUGUGGACCAGGAUGGCCGGCUGGUCAGUGAUGAGCUGGAGAAGAUCUCUAUGAAGGAGCACCUGGAGGACAGCCUGCUGGAGUGCACCAUGCAGGACCUGCUGCGUUACGACGACUACAACAACGAUGGACACCUCAGCCUGCACGAGUUCUACACAGCUUUCCAGGUUGUCCAGCUGAGUCUGGCGGAGGACCAGUGGAUCAGCGUAUCCACGGUAACAGUGGGACUUAGUGCCGUCCUUACCUGUGCCAUCCAGGGGACGCUGCGUCCGCCAAUCAUCUGGAAGAGGAACGGCAUCAUACUAAACUUCUUGGACCUGGAGGAUAUCAACGACUUUGGGGACGAUGGCUCCCUGUACAUCACCAAGGUGACAACCAUCCACAUGGGGAACUACAGUUGCCAUGCCUACGGCUAUGAAGACCUCUAUCAGACACAUGUGCUGCAGGUGAAUGUCCCUCCAGUGAUCCUGGUCUAUCCAGAGACGCAGGCCCAGGAGCCCGGCGUAUCUGCCAGCCUCCACUGCCACGCCGACGGCAUCCCAAAUCCCAAACUCCUCUGGCUGAAGAACGGCAUGGACCUGCUGCCCAGAUCCUCCAAACAGCUCUCCCUCAUAGCAAACGCCAGUGAGCUCUUUAUUGGCAGCGUCCGGUACGAGGACACCGGAGCCUACACGUGCAUCGCCAAGAACGAGGUGGGAGUGGACGAGGAUAUCUCCUCUCUGUUUGUCGAAGACUCGGCCAAGAAGACCCUUGCGAACAUUCUGUGGAGAGAAGAAGGGUUGAGUGUGGGGAAUAUGUUCUAUGUGUUUUCUGACGAGGGCAUCACUGUCCUUCAACCCAGUGAGUGCGAGAUCCGCAGACACAUGAAGCGGUCCGAGAGGAUUGUUGCUACCUAUGAGGAGAUGUGCCCUAAAGGUGAAGGGGUGUCACCUCAGCACUGCGUGUGGUCCUCAGCAGUCAACAUCAGGGAUAAGUACAUCUACGUGACCCAGCCCCUCCUGAGCCGACUCCUGAUUGUCGAUAUUCAAGCGCAGAAGGUUGUGCAGGCUGUAACAACAGAUCCUUUCCCAGUUAAGAUGCUCUAUGACAAGUCACAUGACCAGGUUUGGGUCCUAACGUGGGGUGAUAUGGACAGAACACACCCAACGCUUCAGGUAAUUCCUCAAGCCAGUGUGGGAGAAGUACAUCACGCCAUCCGCACAACUUUCCAGAGGGUCAGCGACUUCUUCAUUCCUCCAACCAACCUCAUCAUCACCCACGUGAGGUUUGCCUUUGUCUUCCUCAAAAACGAACCUGCGGUGCACAAGAUCGACCUGGAGACCUUCCACCGCGUCAAGACCAUCAGCCUGAAGAACUACAGCUGCGUACCCGUCAGCAUGGCCUACACGCAUCUGGGCGGCUUCUACUUCGUCCAGUGUGAGAGCAAGAGCCACCUUAAGGCCCCGCCCCAGCUCCUCAUCGACAGCGUGACGGACGCGGUGAUCGGUCCAAACCUGAACAUCACAGGGCAGCCGUUUGUGUCGCCUGACGGCCGCUACAUUGUGACGCCUGACACGCAGAGCUCCAAGGUGAUAGUACAGACAGUGUCGUUCCAGGGGGAGCUGGGUCUGAACCGGGAACUGGACGAGCCCGUAGCUGUCUCUGAUCUGGCUUUCCAGCCUUCCUUCACGGAGUCCAACCAGCAUGUGGUUGUCGCCACCUCAGGCUCAGGCACGGACCUGCUAUUUGCCGAUCUGUCCUCGGGCCGCACCGAGGUUCUCCGGAGCCUCAAGGAGCCCCUGGCCCCCCAAGCCUGGCCCUGGGGGGGCCCCAACAGAGUAGUGGUCUCCAGCGGGUUGUUCGGACAGUACCUGGUGACGCCGUCGGCCGAGUCCCUCUUUGUCCUGAACGGCAAACAGAGAACGCCACACUGCGAGGUGUCAGACAUCAAGAGAGGGAACACAGUUGUCUGGGUCGGCGAGGUAUGAGUAAAAAAGAAAAAGCAGAAAGUCGUAGGAUUAGGGACAGACGUAAAAAAAAAAAAAAAAAGGAAAAAUCAGGCCAAAUUACCUAUUAUAAAGAUUUAUGUGAACAUAAGUUGUGGACUCAACCCUGGGACUGAGCGAGAGGGAUACAUGCCUGGGUUUAUUGUAACAAAAGUACACUUAAAAAUAGAGAAAAUUGAGAAAACAUUAAGAAACCCUGUUGUGAUAUUUCUAUUGGGAGAAAGUGUCAAUGCCGUUCAGUGCAACAGUGAUCUAUGUGCACUUAACUAUACAGAAUUGUACAUUAUUGCACUUCCUUCCAUGUUAUCACAGCAAAUAGGUACCUGAAGAGGGGUUAUUAACGAACUAUGAACUAUGCACAAUGCUCACUUUUUUUAGAGUAAAAAGCUUUCCGAUUUUGUUUAUCUCAACAAUGUUUGUCGUUUUUCACCAGUGCUGCAUAUAAUCACCACAAACUGUCCGUCUGUCCUGUCUGCCUUUAGUGUAUGUGUGUUCUGAGUCCUUUUAAAAGCUACCAACCCAUCCGUUUAUUCGCCUUUGUCACCGUAUUGUACUGUAUCCUCCCUCUGAAAGCUUUCAUUCUCCUCAUGCCGGCAGAGGUUGGCUUUAUGCACAUGUGUAAUUCCCUCUAUAUUUACAUUGUCUAUCCAAAGAGCCCGGUCGGUCCAUUAGCCGUCGUCGAUGGAUGUUUCCCUCGCAGAGGAAGCCUAACCAGAAAUGAACAGUCCAUCUUGUGGUCUCUUGCAGUGGUAUAAUCUGUCCUCCGCUGUCUCUCACUGUUAUUCUGUACCUGCAGCACAAGUCUGUGCUGCGGAGCCUGAAAAUGCCACUUAGCAGAUUCCCUCAGGGUAAUGACUCCGGUGUACGCUGACCCCACAUGCUGAGGCCGUGCCAAAGUGGCAUCAACUCCGCUAUCUGACUGGCUGUGAGCAUUUAUACUUCCUCCCAGAGAGCCGUGCAUCAAGAUCAAACUCUGAGGCAGGUCACCAUGUGGUAGUUAUUCCGCUUUAUUUAAAGGACUGUAACACACAGAGGAUAUAUUUUAUUAGUGUCUGUCUAGUCGGCAACAAAAACUUGUUUUUGGAUUUGUUAUUUUUAUCUGGAUAGCAAUCACAUAUACACAGGAAAAAAAAUAUGCUCCAUCUCAAAAACCUGUUUCAAAAGUAGGGAUACAUUUUUACAGACAUUUUAAACAUUCUUCUUUAAACAUUCUCCCCAUUAACGUGAUAAAAUGACAAUAAUUGUACAGGUUUCUUUAUCAUUAUUAUUAUUAUUAUUCAAAAUUGUAUACCUACUUUUGAAAAAAACCCGGUAUUAUCUGUCUGGAGGCAGUGACCGAAUAAACACCAGCAACUCUUCGUCCUUCAAAAUCGCAGUUAUGUUCUUUCUGUGGUCGAAUCGUCUUCUGUGUAAUUUGCGCUCGCCAUUUUGCACUAAUCGUCAUAAUGAUGAUCCAUUAGUAGCAAGACAACGCCGCUGCUUCUCUGCAGAUGUAAUAAUGUUAUCAGAUAUUAUAGUCGUCUCUUAAACAGUAGUGUCGAGGUCUUUACGUGGAUAGUUAGCUCAGACGUCCGACUUUGGUGCCAGUCUUGGGGCAAUGGCUUUUUCUGUCUUUCCUUUUUUUUCUUUUAUGGCUGCAAAGCCUUGCUCUGUACCUCCGAGCCUAAAACUACAGAAAAAUAUGAAUGUCCUCUAAUAUUCAGCUGUCAAUAUCCGUAUUUUUUUUUCUCAUUUUGCGAAAAAUAUACAUAUAUUGCAGAAAAUAUACAUACUUAAGAAACUAUUAAACUAUUACUAAACUACUAAACAUUGUAUUUCUAGAAUUUGCUGGGUUCUACAAAUAGUCGGCCCGUCUAAAUCUAUGUUUAAUUGAGAUUUUGUAACCAGACAAAAAUGAGCUAGAAACAAAAAAGUACACCAAGACAUAUUCCAGAACAAAAACUAUGUCAACUUGCUGUUAAAUUGAAUAAAAAUAGUGGACGAUAGAAACAGUAGCACUAAUCCUCAGUCCGUGCAUGGAAAGAGGAAAUACUUUCUUGAUGAUCUUGGGAAGCUCUCUUGUACAUACAAUAUGUAAUCACUGCACAAAUACUCACAGCCUUUAGGACUUUGUGGUUGAUGGCUUUUCUUUUGGCACGUCAAACUUGUUAAUUAAAAUCAUAAUUAUCUCUAAUACAGAUCUAAAACGCCAAUUUUAAGUUGUAGAAAAAGUCCUUUAAGAAAAGUGUAAGACUGUAAAUCCAGCUGGAGUCUUGUGAAUGGAGUAUAUCUGCUCACGUGGUCAGUUUUUUUUCCCCCCUAGAAACAAACAGCAGCCCAAAUUCUAUAUUAAUCAUCAUCUCUUAAUACGUAGUUGUGCCUGUAACUCCCCCGAUGCGACGCAAUGUGUAGGGUAGAAACUAAGCUGCUGUGUGAGAAAAAGAAAAACGCAGGAGUGAAGCCGAUUUGUCGUUCUCGUUUGUGAUUUAGGUAUUUGCUGCUAAUCUGCCACGAAAACACGUUCUGGCAUUAAAGCCUGUUUGAUGAACUGUUUGAAGGCAAUGACUUAAUGAUAGACCACUGUUGCACUGAGGAGAGAAAUAUACUAUCUGACAUUAUGUUUGUUGAAUGGAAAUUUGUCAAAUUGGUAGCCCAGUUUUCUCACUGUAUCGAUGAAAAAAGUGUUAAAAAAAAGUAGGCUCUGAUGCUUCCUGAAGUCACGACCCCAUCCAAAGUCACUCCCCAGAGGCUCUAACUGAGUCAUCUACAGUAUUGGACAGCUCUGAGACAUGCAUGUAAAGAAAAUAGACCUUCAACAUGAUCAUCAUUGACCUCUCAGUGAUCUCUCACAGUCACACACGGUUUACAGUCGCUUGUGAAAAAAAGUCACUUUUCCGCCCCCGUCAUCGUCACGUCCGUCAGCUUAUCUCUUAAAGGUCGAUUCAGCAGUGUGACAUCGCUACUAGAGCCAAGGAGAGCAAGAACAAAGUGACUGCACCUGCGCUUGCUGAUAUAACCACAUCACUGGCUAGCUCAUGUUGUUUGUUUGGAUCUACCUUCAGUGUCACAUGACUAUUUCCGUACCUCUCGUCGAACCCUCGCCUACAGGGGGGGGCUGCAGAGCUGAACCGCUUGGUGUGAUAGACAUUGAUAGGAACCACUGUUGUAGAUAACAUUGUUCAUGUUUAGAACACGUUCAGACAUGACAAAACUGACUGUACAGUUUUCUUUAUGCAUUUUGUGUGUUCUGGUUUAUGAGGGAAUUGUUUUGUAAGAAAAAAUCGAAUUAAAUAUAUUGUAAAAAUCAGUCGUUUCAUGUCUUUAAAAUUUAUUGAUUGCAUUUUUUUCCAUAUUAAUUUAUUGGGAGUAACAUCAGGUGUACAGAAACCUACAAUUAGAGCACAAAUGUAAAUUAUUGUCCCUCCAUAUUUCGGUAUUUUUCCCCCAAAGCCCCCUCCCACCCAACCCUCACCCACUGCCGAUGCAAAAAGGAUAAA